AUGAAGGGCGCCGCUAUUCUGAAUGCGUUCAUUGCAACAGCCGUGGCUGCUCCAAGGCAGCACCAUGGGUCACUCUUGAGACGGGCAGACAGGGACACCAGCAUCGUCUGGGCUGGUGGCGUGGUCCGAAGCGAAAACAUCACGGCAGUCACGGGCACGUUUCGGGUGAUACGGUCGACACUGCCCACCGUGAGUGAGCCGGGAAAACACGCGUAUUCUGCGAGCGCCUGGAUCGGCAUCGGUGGCUACACCAAAGUGAGGUCUGGCACCAGGCUUAGUAUGAACUGUAUCCUGAUCCUCCCCGUGUUUCUCGACAUUGGCAACAUUCCGGACGGCGAUACCAUCAAGGUAUCUCUCGGGGUCCUUAGCUCGACACAAGCAAACGUCGAUCUAGAAAACCAGUCUACGGGCAAGGGAUUCAGUCAGACGACGAAUAUUACUCACCCAAUUUGCCAGAAGACGGCCGAGUGGAUCGUGGAGCGUUCUUACAUCCUCUCUGGACUGGUGGGGCUCAUCGACUUUGGAACCGAAACAAUCGACAAUAUUGCGUACACCGCUUCGGAUGAGUCUCAUACGACGGUUCCUGAUGAUGUGAUACUGGUCGACAUUGUCAACGACGAGGCCAAAAACACGAUACAGACACACACGAAAUCUCACGAGGGCUCCAUUCAGGUCACUUUCCAUGGUAGCUAG